AUGACGCUCGACCUCAGUCUUUAUCUCGUAACAGACUCUACGCCUGCCAUACUCGGAAGCCGAGACAUCUUUAAAGUUGUCGAGGAAGCAUGCAAGGGUGGAGUCACAAUCGUCCAAUACAGAGACAAAACAAGUGACACAGGAGCCCUCGUGGAAACAGCAACGAGACUUCAUGACAUUACGAAACGAUACAAUGUCCCUCUUAUUAUCAAUGACCGCGUGGAUGUAGCUAUAGCGUCUGGUGCGGAGGGUGUGCAUUUGGGCCAGGAUGAUAUGUCAAUAACGGCUGCCAAGAAGAUACUGAGCAAAGAUGCCAUUGUUGGGAUCAGCGCAUCCACUGUUGAAGAGGCUGUCAAGGCCGUUGAGGAAGGAGCCGAUUAUCUAGGCAUUGGCACACUAUUCGCGACUGCGACGAAAACAAACACCAAAAACAUAAUCGGCACAGAAGGUGUAAAAACCAUUCUGGACAGUAUCAGCCGCCUCGAUCGAUCAGUCGGCACAGUCGGAAUCGGAGGCAUCAAUCUGUCCAAUGUGCAGCGUGUACUAUAUCAAUCAGCGGCCACAAACAAAGCACUCGGCGGCGUAGCGGUGGUCAGCGCAAUCAUGGCCGCAGAUGACCCCAAAUCUGUUGCGGAACAAUUCAGGAAUGCUAUAGCUACACCGCCGGUUUUUGUUACGAGAAGCCCUGAUGAGAGCUCUGCUGCUGUUGAUGUGAAUGCACUCGCUGCUGCUGUUCCGGAAGUAGUGCAGAAGGUGGUCAAAUUCCAUCCAAUUGUGCACAGCAUGAUUAAUUUUGUAGUUGCGAAUUUUGUCGCAAAUGUCGCUAUUUCAGCUGGCCUAUCACCCAUUAUGUCCCAAUACGGCGACGAAGCCAAAGACCUCGCCGUCCACAAAGGCGGCCUAGUCAUCAACAUGGGCACAUUAACGAGCGCAAGCAUCGGUGAAUAUCUCAAAGCAGUCAAAGCCUACAACAGCAACGGCAACCCCGUCGUCCUUGACCCUGUCGGUGCCGGAGCCACCGCCAUUCGUCGAGAUGCAGUCAAAACAUUGAUGGCGGGUGGGUAUUUUGAUCUUAUCAAGGGGAAUGAGCGAGAGAUUACGCAGAUAUAUGGGAAUACCCACAAUCUUACUCAGAGGGGUGUUGAUAGUGGGCCGAGUGCGUUGAACGAUGUGGAAAAGGCUACUUUGGCUAGAGAUUUGGCUCGUAGAGAACGCAACAUUGUCCUUCUUACCGGAAAGAUCGACUACCUGAGUGACGGAAAUCGCGUUAUUGCAGUCAAGAAUGGCCAUGAACUACUCAGCAAAGCGACCGGAACCGGCUGCGCUAUCGGCACAGUCUGCAGCGCCUACCUAGCAGCUUAUCGCGAAAACAAAUUCCUCGCAGUGCUUGCAGGAUUAUUGAUGUACGAAAUUGCAGCUGAAAACGCAGCAGCAAAGGAUACAGUGCAUGGACCGGGUACAUUCCUACCUGCUUUCCUGGAUGAGAUUCAUUCUAUAUGGCAAAAGGCUUCUGAUGGUGAUUUGGCAUGGGCCCAGGGACGCGCGAAAAUCGAAGAGGUUCAGUUGUAA